CGCGAUCCGGCCGGAGCCGAGCUGCCCCGGCGCGCAUGCAUCCAGCCAGCGAGCCCCCAGCACCAGCGGCGGCAGGCGGCGGCAGCGCAGUGCGAACGCGAGGGUGCGAAGGUGCGCGCCGUCCUCGAACACCGCGCCGCCUCCUCCGUGCGAGUGUGAGUGUCGUGCGCGAAACGCGAAUCACCAAAAUCUCGAAAUUCACUCUCAAGCUGUCAAAAGAAAAAGUUGCUGAGUCACGAAUCACACGAAUCACGAAUCAAACUCGCGCGACAAGCGAAAAUCUGCGGCUAUUUUCGUUUUGUUACGGCUGUGCAUGUGCGUGUGCGGUGCGUGAAUACGGAUGCUUGGACCAAGUGCCCGCGAGUGCUUUCGAUGCGUCUUUAUGGCAAGAUACUCGGCGAGAGGACGAGCAUCGCGAGUUGAAUCGAUGAGUCCACGAGCAAGGGCGCAGGAGGAGCACGCGAGCACGAGGUGAUCGGCAUGCAGAGCACUGCCGACCGGCGCUCGGAAGACGCGGCCCCAGCCGCUCCCGGACGCAGCACGCAGCAGGCAGGUAGGCGCGACCGCCAUCGCCGCCGCCGCGCGUAGCCGCCGCUCGCUUCGCCGGCUUGCCACUGAUGGUCAUGUUCCAUACGCGCGACAUAUCGACGAUGAUCAUCCUCAACGACGCCGACGACGACUCCCUCGUCUUUUCGGUGGAGUCACUCGUCCAAGCCGGCAUCAUAUUGAUUCUGAGCAUUACGAUUAUCGUCACCAACGUGCUGAUUAUUGCAACGUUUGUUAACUUUCGAGGUCCGCAGGAUGUUAUCAACACCUAUCUGUUAUCACUGGCAGUAGCGGACCUCUUCAAUGGUAUCUUCGUGGUACCACUAUCCGUCUACCCGGCGCUGGUGCAGAAUUGGGUCUACGGCGACAUUUUGUGUCGUGUGAUAGGCUAUUUGGAGGUUACGUUGUGGACUAUAACAGUCUACACGUUUAUGUGGAUCAGCGUAGACAGAUAUCUCGCAGCACGUAAACCACUACGCUAUGAAACGAUUCAAACAAAGACGCGUUGUCAAUGCUGGAUGGCAUUCACAUGGAUCUCUUCAGCAAUGAUGUGUUGUCCACCGUUACUCGGCUGGCAGAAACCGCUCUUUGACAAGGAGGCCUAUAUCUGUAUGUUGGACUGGGGCAAUAUGGCCGCCUUCUCUGCCACUCUGUCAAUCCUCAUCCUCGGCCCCAGUUUGAUUACCAUUAUCUACACGUAUGCGUACAUCUUCGCGAUGAUGCGUAAACUGAAGAGUGGUGUACCUAUCCAUGACAAGGAGUAUGCCACAGCCCUCUCGGAGAACCUCGCCAAUCCAUCGCACAUCAUGUCUUUUGUACUGGUGUGCGCUUUCUGGUUUUCAUGGACGCCGUACAUGGGCGUCAAAGUGUACGAAUACCUCUGGGCGGUGAAACUGACACAUCCAUUCCUCCACUUCGGUAUUGUAUGGAUUGGCUUCCUGAAUUGUUUCUGGAAGUCGAUUAUUUUGGUGAUGAUGUCGCCCCAGUUCCGUCUGGCAUUGCGCAUCUUCUGCAUGACGAUCUGCUGCCGCUACAAGGGCCGCAUGCAGGCUGAACUCAUAGGAAUGGAGGCGGACGACUGACUACCCACCGCGAUAGCGAGCGCCACGUCCGCCGCCCCCGCCAUUGCCCCCGAUGCCAAGCGGCGGUCGGCGGUCGCGACGCUCGGCCGGGUGUUUGCGCAAUGCGCUCACCUGCUCGGCUUUCCGCUCUCGCUGCAGGGUCUCCUCUUCAGCGACUAUCAACAUGUGGCGGCGAAGCUACGCACCUGGUGUCAUGCGCUUGCCGCCAAGCGCCAUCAACGACCCAGUGUUGCGCAAUAAGAAAAGAAGAACAAUCCCAAACACAACACAAAUAAAAACCGAAAAUGCAAAAUGCGUUUCAAAGGUCAACCUAAAACAUUAGGAGAAAAAAAAAAACGUAGUCUGUAGUCAAUUUUCGUUACGUACGUUUUCAUUGUUUUCCGACGUUAAUCUGAAAAAGACGCUUAUCAUCACUGUGACUAGGUUGUAAAGAAGAGGUACAUAAAUUAUCAGAUAUCUAGUUGAAUAGUUUUUAAUUACGUAGUGGAGAAAAGUCCGUAGCGACCGUUGUAGAUACAUUUUUAGCGUAGCGAUGACUAAAUGAGACAAAAGUUAUUCGUUGUUGUUAAAUCCGACAAAAAACAAGCAAAACGCGAGAAAGAAGCAAACAGUCAAUUAUUAUUACUUAAUCAUUACUAGUUUUUUAUUAUACUGUAUAGUUCAAGUUUGUCGAGGCGGGCAAUAGUCGACGCUCAUUCAUUUUUCAAAUAAAUGUUUAACGAUGUGGACGUUAUAGAUAUUAAACAACAAAGUAAUAUUAAUUAAGGUAUAUUAAACAUUUAAAUGCAAAUACAUUAGCGAAUCACUAAUCCGCAUACCUAACCUAAUUCCAAAAGAAAUCUUAACCUAAUUCUUCAACUAAAUGUAUUUGCAUUUACAGAGUAAAUCCGUAGACGAUGUGAAUGUAAUCGUAUUCAAUUUAUGAUGAAGAAAAAAAUGAAGAAAACUAACACCAAUGAAAACUUACUAAUCAAAUGAGAAUAAUAAUUGUACGCGUAGAGAAUUUGCUUCAAACUUGCUUAUACCGACGAGACAACCAAAUUUUUUCCUACGAAAUAAGCGCUUUUAUCGAAAAAGAAAUUUUCAAAAUGUGCCACCCAAUCGAUGAUUACUUCGAUAAUCAUCAAGCUAAGCAACUUUUGUAAAUAAUUUUAACUCAGUUGGAUACAAUAAGUAUUACCUACUACGAUUUCGUAUUUUUUAAGGUUAUAAUUAGCUAUAACAAGCAAAAACAUGACAAAGAUGCAACGAAUCUUUUCAUUAACGCGUUACACUUUGAUUAAGCAAGCAUUUUUCAUUAAGUAGCAACAUUUUACACAAAAUACGUUCUAAAAAUGAGCAAUCUACGCAAUCUACGCGAAAUUACAAGUGGUAAACAAGAUGGCGGCCGCGUGAAUACCAAAGACGUCGCAAUUUGAUCAAAAAAGAUUCACACACGCUGUGCAAACGUGCCGAAAUCUUUACAUCCGUGUACUGCUCAAACGUCAAUCAAUGAAUGCAUGCAAACUAAACGACUUUGUACAAUAUUAAUUGUUACGUGUGAUGAUGAAUCGAACGAAACGACGAACUGUUUGAAGCGAAGACACAAUCAAAUCAAACUAGCGAAUACACACACGAUGCGCAUAAAUCUGAGAAGCAAAAUCACAAUAAAAUCAUAAAAAGUUGUCCACCAAAGCAAAAACUUAACAAAAAGAACUUAACAAAAAAGUCCAAGCACACAAAAAGCACACAAAUUAUUUUACGGUAUUAAAUUACUUUUGAAAUAUUAAAAUAUAUCUCAAGUCUCAAAUAAAAUGUCUAACGAUUGAAUUCAAAGCGAUUUGGAUGUACAUAAAUAAGUUGCUAGCAUGUAGGACAAUCUGUUUUUAACAUUUUAAACUAAAGUAAAAUGCGGAGACAUUAAACGUUCUAUGUAGUUAUCGUAACGUGAAGAAACAACAAGAAAUGAAUGAAAAUAAAGGUUAUAAGUGUAAAAAUUACUUUAUAACCUCAAAUAUUGACAAAAUUAUAUUUUAAUCGGUAUGCAACUUGUAAAACAAAAAGCAAAGAAACCUUAAGUACACGAUGAGAAAAAUUAAUAAAAAUUAUAUCAGGUAUACAUAAAAGUAACUAACAUAACCUAACAAAAAAGAUAACAAAGAAGAAAACACGACGAUAUAUGAUAUAUUUUUAUAUAGAAACCGAUGUAAUUUGUAUUCAUUGAGAAACAAAUCAAUUAUGUAAUUAGUAGAGCGUACAGAAUUCUCCAAAGAUGGAAAUUAUAUGCAUGUCUAAACCAGAUGUAAACCAGUUUUAAGAAGUGUCUACGAUCUUAAUCCAGAAAUUAUAUAUUUCAAAAUUAAUAAGAAUAAAAUUCAAGCAAAGAAUAUUUUAAAAUCAAGCAAAAAAAAUUACGAAUAAUUAAAGUAAUUCAUAUACGAAUAUUAUCGCAUGAUAGUAGAUGAUAAUAAAAAAGAAAACUUUGAAAAUGAAGAAGAUAAAAAUCAAUGAAAAAAAAUUCUUACAAGUUAAUAGAAAUCUUUCUCGCUUUGUCGACGUUUAGGUUUAGAUUGAGAGAUCGUUGUUGUUAUACUAAUUCUAAUAACUCAUAAACAUUUAAUCGCAGCAUGAUUAAUUAAUCACCAAAGUUAUAUUGAUUGAGAAUUAUUAUAAUCAGCCCGCGGAAUGUGCGCCAUCUUUGUGCUAUGUGCAAUCAAUUUUUAUUCGCAUACUGGACGAGAAUCGAAUUUUCGAUUGACUGUUAUUAUUGUGCGCUUUUAAUGUAUGUACUCGUACUUUGUAUACAAAAUGUUUUAAACAAUCAAGUUAAAAUUGGUUUCUGUUAAAAAUUAUUGUUUCGAUCAAUGGCAGCGCCACCUAUGCCACAAAUUACAGUUUUUCAUGAAUAACUUAAAAACUAAAUAAUUUAUAUUCAUGAUCUUUUUACAAAUCUAUUCAGUAUUAAAUUCUUCAUCAUUUUGUGUAAUUUUGUAUUGAUAACAGUAUUUUAUCAAAAGUUACAGAGUAAUUUGGGUGAAAAUCAUGAUUUUAUUCAAAAAGAAACUUUAAUUGUUUAUAACUUUUUAUAUAAUCAUCUUAUAAACAAAAUCUUUACGUAAUUAGACGUAUAAUUUAUUUAAAAAUGUUUACACAAAAAAUUAUUCUCUUAUCACAAAUAGUUUUUGAGUAAUUAAUGAAAAACUGUUACCAAACAAAUAUCAUCCAUGCGCAAUUUCAAAGAAACGCUGUUUUACCUACUUUACUUGAUUGUUUACGACAGUUUAUGCUUAUCACUAACUAACCGACAACACUAACAAACACCUAACACAUAUAUGUACCUAUGAUUUCCAUUCUGCGUUUGUUUGGACGAAUUGUACACAACACAAACCUGCUGAAUCAAAGGUGCAGGCGGCAUAUUGUUUCCAAAAAGGCCUAUAUUAUAUUAUUCAAUGACGAAAUGUUGCAUUUAUAUAGCAAACACAAAAGCAAACAUAAUCAUAUAAACAUGUGUAUUUUAUCUAUACUCUUACUCUGUCUCUAAGAUACAAGCAAACAAGAACGCAUCGCUAUAUAAUCAUUUCGACUUUUAACGCUAAAUAUCCAAUGCUUCUGUAUGGUGCCAUCACGCAUGCGCAAUAGCGUUGUGUCAUCCAAUAUGGAAGUAUUGAGAUGUUUGCUAUAUGCACACUCUGUGCAGACUUUUAGCAAACUUAUAUAUUGUGAAUGUGUACCAAUAAUAAUCACAAUGAGCACACUAUCGAACUCUAACGAUUUCCACUUCGGCUUAUUACUUAUAUUAUUUAUUGUUAAUUAAUUAAUUAUUGCGUUUGCCUAAGUUCUUUUCACGAACACAAUUGACGCAAUCAGAUCGAAUGAAUCUCGCAACAAUCAAACAAUCAAUUUUUAUAGCGUUGUUCUCUCAUUGCAGCCUCAUCAUGAAAACUAUAAACUAAAAUAAAAAUUUAUAAACUUUUGCCUUAGUUAGUAAAAUCGCUUUUUUAGAUUUCUAUAAAGAUGACAGCAUAACACUUUGAAAAUUAUUGCAUGUCAAAUAAAAUAAAUGUUAAAGUUAACAUAAAAUUACGUUUUUGUUUGUUGCAUUCUUCACUUUCUAUAUAAACUACUAAUCUAAUCAUCUCUAUAGCGCGUAUAAUUACGUUUUUUAUUAUCGCAAAAUGUAAAACGCAAUCAGAAGUUCUGAAAUAAUGCGCGCGACAUGUGUACGCCGUUCGUGUACUGUACUCGUACUACUAAACUUGUAAUUUGUAAGAUGACUAUUGUAGAUAAGCGCUAAUUUACAUUUUAUUAAUGAUACGGAUUCAUAUUAAGCAACAGAUACAUAAACUCACAUCUAAACAAAAAAGAAUGGUACGCAUUAAUUCCUAUGAUACUAUUGUAUUUAUUAAUAUGAACGUAAUUGUUAAUUUAAUCGAUAAUAACGAUGACGAUUUAUUACUUUUCUUAUAUGAACAAUUAUGCUGCUCUAAAAUUGCCGUAACUGUAAUGUAAAUUGCAUAGAAACGCAAAAGGCUAUCGCGCACGCGCUGUGGUCAAACGAAAGGGUAAACAUAAGAUUGAGUAAUGUGAGUAAUUCUGUCUUGUACGUACAUAUUUUCAAACACGAAUAUUAUGAAUUGUAACAGAGAGAGAAAUUAAGAAAGAUAGACAGUGAAAUUAAGGAAAAAGUAUAGAUUUUUAAUGAAAUUGAGAAAUAUCUGUGAGAUGUAUAGAAACAAGCAGCAAACAAACGGCGGGAAUGAUAAUGGAAUGUAAAUGACAAGUACUAAAUGCAAGAUUUUUUAGAAUGUAAAUAGGUGAACAUUAUUAAUCAAUUAUUAUGAUGAAAACAAGAAUAUUACUUAAUUAAUAAAAAAAUGUUUGUUAUGCUCAA